CUCUCUCUCUCUCUCUCUAUCUAUCUAUCUAUCUAUUACUCGAAAGUUCGCGCGUCCGCGCUAGCUAGUCGUGAGUAGAAAACACAAAUUUAAUAUAAAAACAUAUUUCCUGAAAUUGCAAAUUAUUUAAAAUAUAAAAAUAUAAUUUUCAACAGAGAGAAUUUAUCAAAAUAGAAAACAAAUGAAGUUUGAAGUUUAAAAAUAAUAGGAUCGACCACUCACGACUAGCUAGCGCGGACGCGCGAACUUUCGAGUAAUAGAUAGAUAGAUAGAUAGAGAGAGAGACAAACAGACAGACAGACAUAUAGCUCGCUCCGGCCAGUCAUGGUAUUAGCUGUCAGUAGCCAAAGAAUCGACAGGCCAGCAACAGGCAUGCAGACACUUCACUAGCAGUGAGCACUUUCACUUCUGACAGCUAAUAGCAUGAUAGUGCCAUAAAUUCAUUUAAGAUAUCCAUUUUCUAAAAGUUAUGAGGGAACAAAGUUAAUUGGAGGGAGCUACAAUUGUGUAGAUAUGCUUCCUUGAUAAUAAAAUUAAAUCGAUAGAACUUAUGUCGUACAGCAAAAAAAAAAUAAUAAUAAUAACUUGUGUAAAUGUUGAAUGAUUCUUUGAUAUAUUCCGUAUUCUUUUUUAAAAAAUGAACGAAUGAAUGAAUGAAUGAACGCAAGACAAUCUACGAAAACAAGGCUACUAAUUUGCUGGAUUAGUUAUGUCUAUUUCUGUUUUCCGUAUUAUUGUUUUUGCCCUACACUUGCAGUAAACAGUUAAUAAAGACAUGUGAGACAGUGUUUGGUCAUGUUAAGACAACGAUUUCUUACUCAGGAUUCCUCAACAAAUUUACGAAGAACAUUGCAAACUGAAAAAUUAACAUUAUCAAGAAUACAUGUGACAUUUUAAAGAAAUUUUGAAUAUAGCUUACAGAUAUAUUUCCAUGGUGUUUUUGUUGAAAAGUUGUAUUAUAUUUGGGAAAUUUAAACGCUAAUGUUUACUGAUUGAUACAUAACAUCUUACAUGCCUGUUACAUGUCAAGAACUGAAGCUAGUAGCAUUAUUUAUAGUUUCUAAUUUCUAAUUACAAAACAAACUUCCAGUGUUUCUUUGUGAAUGAGUAUAUCUACAAAUGUUUUUAAAUCAGGUAUUGUAAUCAUGAUUACACUCAAGAGCAAGUUUUGAUUAUAUAAACUUGUUAAGCACAUUUACUUCACAGAUAUGUCUCAUAGACAGCCACAUGAACACUACAAAAUUUUAAAAUUAUAAUUGAUGACAGUAUGGAAGAGAACUCAUCUAAAAGUCAGGAUUAUGGUGAAAUACAAUCCAAUAAUAAUGAUUUAUCUCAUCAUCCACAAGUAGGCAUAGAGAAGAAAUCAUACACAUGUGACAUUUGUGGAAAAACGUUCUCUGAGAAACAGAUUUUCACUUCUCAUAAGUGUAAGCACACAGGUGAGAAACCAUAUCUUUGUGAAAGCUGUGGUAAAAGUUUCUCUUUCAGGUGUGAAUUCACUUCGCACUUACGCAUGCAUACAGGUGAAAAACCAUACCACUGUGAUACUUGUGGAAGAACAUUCACACAUAGGAGUACAUUAACUAACCAUAAACGUAUUCAUCCUGAUGAGAAACCAUACCACUGUGAUAUUUGUGGUAAAGCAUUCUCUGAAAAUGAAACACUAAUUCAUCACUUACAUAUUCACACUGGGGAGAAACCUUACCAAUGUAAAAUCUGUAGCAAAGCAUUCUCACACAAAUGUAAAUUAAUAUACCAUAUGCGUAUUCACACUGGUGAGAAACCAUUUCACUGUGAUACCUGUGGUAAAACUUUCUCUCAAAAGGGUAAAUUAAUUAAUCAUAAACGUAUUCACACUGGUUUGAAACCAUACCAUUGUGAUAUUUGUGGUAAAGCGUUUGCUGAAAGGGGAACACUAACUGGUCAUAUUCGUAUUCAUACUGGUGAAAAACCAUUCCAUUGUGAUAUUUGUGGUAAAUCUUUUACACACAAAGUACAUUUAACUCAUCACAGAAGCAGCCAUUCUGGAGAGAAGCCAUUCCACUGUGAUACCUGUGGUAAAGGAUUCUCAGUCAAGAGUACAUUUAUUUCUCAUAAACGUAUUCAUACAGGUGAGAAACCAUACCAUUGUGAUAUCUGUGGAAGAGCAUUUACUAAUACUGGAGCACGAUCUCUGCAUAAACAUAUUCACACUGGUGAGAAACCAUACCAAUGUGAUAUCUGUAGCAAAGCAUUCUCACACAAAUGUAAAUUAACUUAUCAUAAACGUAUUCACACAGGUGAGAAACCAUUUCGCUGUGAUACCUGUGGUAAAACAUUCUCACAAAAGGGUAAAUUAACUAAUCAUAACCGUAUUCACACAGGAGAGAAACCAUAUCAUUGUGAUAUUUGUGGUAAAACAUUUGCUGAAAGUGGUACACUAACCGGUCAUAUACGUAUUCAUACUGGUGAGAAACCAUAUCACUGUGAUAUCUGUGGUAAAUCAUUUACACGCAAUGUAUAUUUACUUCAUCACAAAAACAGUCAUUCUGUUCUUAAGCCAUAUCCUUGUGAUAGCUGCGGUAAAGAUUUCUCGCACAAGAGUACAUUAAUUGCUCAUAAACGUACUCACCCAGGUCUAAAUCCAUUCCACUGUGAUAUCUGUGGUAAAACAUUCUCUCAUAAAUAUAAGUUAACUUAUCAUAAAUGUAUUCACCCUAGUAUAAAACCAAACGAUCCAAGUACCACCAGCAGUAAGAAACCAUAUCGUUGUGAUGUCUGUGGUCAGGCAUUCAAACAGAGUACUGUAUUAACUUCUCAUGUACGUACGCAUACUGGUGAGAAACCAUAUCAAUGUGAUAUCUGUAAUAAAGCAUUCACACAGAGUGGUGCAUUAACUGCACAUAAACGUAUUCAUACUGGUGAAAAACCGUACCCUUGUGAUAUCUGUGGUAAAACAUUUUCUCUCAAGAGUAAUUUAACUGUCCACCAACAUAUUCACUCAGAUUAGAAACCAUAUCUUUAUAAUAUCUAUGAUGAGAUGAAGGCAGCAAGCUGGCAGAAAUGUUAGUACACAAGGUGAAAUGUUUAGCAGUAUUUCAUCUGUCUUUACAUUCUGAGUUCAAAUUCCACCUAGGUCGAUUUUGCUGUUCAUCCUUUUGGCGGUCGAUAAAUUAAGUACUAGUUGUGUACUGGGGUCAAUGCUUAGAGUAGAAAAGAAUAUAUAUGAUGAGAUAUUUUCUUGCACAACUUUACUCACAUUUGUGAAAGAACAUAUCAUUGUGGUAUCUGGUCGUAAAGCACUUUGUACAGAGGAACAUUAAAUCAUCAUAAACAUAUUCACAGAUUUGAAAAAACUAAAACACAACGACUUUUCUAGUAAGACACUCUUCCAAAUGAGUAUGGAGAAACUUAAUCACUCACCCAGAGGUAUGACUAUACUCUGUUAACCCUUAUAAAUUGAUUCUUAUUAUCCAUUGUAAUAUGGUAACUAGCUCUCAUUAUCUCACUCAAUGCUGAAGGAACUGCAGAAUCCUCCACUUAAUAAACUUGUACAUGUUUGUAUAACCUUUAACUGUAAAUUAUAAAGAAGUUUGUUGU